AUGGAUUACAAAGCACGUCGACGUCACACUACUGUUUUGGAAGCAAAUGAUUUCAAAGAUUAUUAUACUCAUGACAUUCAGAUGUAUGAUGUGCCACCAAUGGGUGAAAUGUCAUUGGAGGAUUUCCAAGAAUUGGGAUUUGAUAGGUUGAAAGCAUUACGAUUGAUAGAGACGACAAAUUGCAGAGGAGACCUGAAAACAUUAGAAGAUCGCAAGAAAGCUCUAUGUGAUUCUUUGAAAUCUGAUGGACUGAAGUAUUAUGCAAAUCUUUUAUAUGCUGAUGGGUCCAACCCACAAUCAGAGGAACACGCACAGACCAGAAUGAAAGACCAUAUAUCACAUUUUAUUUUGAGACUUGUAUAUUGUCAUGACCCAGAGCAGACUAAGUGGUUUAUUAAUCAAGAAGUUGAAUUCUUUAAACUAAGAUUUAGUUCGUUAGACAAGAAAGGUGUUGAACACUUACUAAGCAUUAACAACUUGGAUUGCGUGCCUAUUUCACAAGAUGAGAAACUGGAGUUGAAGGAAGAGCUCAGUUUAUCAUCUGGAAAAGUUACAAAUAUUGAUAUCACCGAUAUUUAUAAGGUGCAUUUCGAAAAGGUCAUCGAUUUAGUGAGAGGACGUAAGAUAUAUCUGAAAGCAGCAAUGGCAUAUAUCACCCAUAUGGACAUAAUUUCUGUAUUUGUCUCGCAUUUCAGAGACAUUCUAGUCACAGGAUUAAAAAGUGCCAAGAUCCUUUAUGAUAACAUAUCUGAUGAUGAACGAUUAACCAGAUACUUAACAGGUCUUCCUUCAGCUUUCUCUGGGAUGGCACGUGUUGUAUGGUCCACCACUGCAACACCCAUUGAUAAGCUAAAUGAUUUGUCAAAGACGUCCUAUCCUUUGUGCAUGAGGACACUUCACGAGGCGCUUUGCAACAAUAGUCAUCUGAAAAAUUCAGGACGUAUGCAGUACGGUUUAUUCCUGAAAGGCAUUGGCGUAACCUUAGAGGAUGCUCUGCGUUUCUGGAGCCAUGCGUUCUCGAAAAAAACCGAUGGGGCAGCGUUUGAAAAGAAGUAUUCUUAUUCUAUCAGGCAUUACUUCGGUAAGGAGGGAAGACAAACGAAUUACACGCCAUACGGCUGUCAGAAGAUCAUAUCCAGCGCAGUCGGACCUGGAGAAUAUCAUGGGUGUCCUUUCAGACACAUGGAUCGCGACUCGUUAUGCCAAAAGUUAACCAGUUAUGGUGUAUUUGCCUCUAAUACAACUGAGAUACUAGACUUGGCCAAAGACGGACAAUAUCAUCUAGCGUGCGCAAAGUACUUUGAAGUUGUGCACAACAAACCGGCAAGCAAGCCACUUCUGCAUCCAAAUGCAUACUUUGCUGAAAGUCGUGUAAUUUUAACUGACGACGAUAAUGCUACCAAAGAUGUAGAUAACAAAGAUAAAUUCCUUCAAAGUACAAUUGGAACUCCUGGAGGUGGAUCUUCAAGGAGAAACGAUAGAUAUUCUACACCUUCUAGAAACACGGACUUCAUUGGCACACCAAAGAGGAACGACAAAUACUCUACACCCUCGAGAAACACAGAUGGAACGGACACACCUCUGAGAAAAGUUCAAAGAACAAGUUACCAAACGCCCUCGAAACGAGACGUUCAAAUGACUCCGGUGAACAUUGCGGAAUUACUGAACGAUGACGAUCUCGCAGAAUUCAUGGACAUGGAGUAAACAGCAGUCAACGAAUGAUAUUUUUAUAAGAUCAUAUAUC